AUGAAGGCUUGUUUGAGGAAAACUUCAAAACGCUGGGAAAAGACUUUCAACUUCAGCUCGGGAAGUAAACACUAUUCUGUCGAACUAGUUCGUAUAAAGCGUUUUUGUGGUGAAGAAUUUCGUAUAUUUACAAAUGGACUACAGAUUACUCGUGCAACAUUUAAGCGUCUCAAUGGCUUAGCUGUGUGCAAUAGGAGCGAACAAUUCGCUUGGGAGUUUGAUGGCCGUUCUUUUCUGUUGAUGAUUGUACCUGGAACAUGGUCGAUGACAGAGUAUCAUUUGCUGAUCGACGGUUUUCAGAUAGACUUGAAUCUCACUCCAUCAGAUCUGUGGAGAAGACGAGGGUGGAUUCUUGUUUAUUUUGGCCUCAUCGAGGUGUUGAUUGGAGUUUCAUUGGAAUCGUUACGAUACUUUGAGGACACUGUGCCUUCUCCGUAUAUUGUUGUAUGGGAGCUACUAGGCCGCGUUUUAUUAAUAUUUGGCUUGUUAAAGAUUGUGGAGGGUUUAACCUCACAUGUGGUGAGACAUUCUAAUCGUUAUGGGCCAGUUUACACAGUGUAG